UUCUGUGUGAGAGAGAGAGACGAGAAAUGGUUUUCUUUGUCUUGUUGCUCAGUAAUUCCAGAGGCCCUGUCUAAAUUUGUCAGUGUUCUUUGUCCGCUUCACAACAGAAGACGCACAAAUACAAAAGCAGAACACUUCCUAACUUUCCUGGUCUGUUUCCUUUUGGGGUUCCAAUUUCAGAUAAUAGAGAAAGCAAUUUGGGUCUGCAAUGUCUUCUGAUCUCUUUGUUGACGAUGCCUCCUUAUACCGCCAUUCCUAUGAAACAGACCUCUUGUCUGACCCCUUCUCUCCUUUCUCAGACUCAGCUCUUGACCUCCUUCAAGCAAUCUCUGACCACCGAAACGUACAAAACCCAGUUGAGGAUCAGUCUCAUUCUUUUGAGCAAAGCUCCCCAAAUCCUGUUUCUUCUUCACCCCCAAGUUAUCAAUCGGGAAGUUUGAGCCAUUACCAAGCAACCCAUCUGGGCCCUCUUGAAAAUGGUCCCAGUUUGGGAGAUGCCUUGGGAAAUUUCUCAGCUUUGGACAUUUUAGGGGAGGUGAAAACUGAGCAAUGUCAUGUGGGUUUUGACCAGAAUGCUCAUAAUUACAACACCCAACACGCUUUUUCUCCUCACAGUUACAGUGGUGGUGCUGAAAAUGUGGCCAAAUUUAUGCAGAGGAGCUAUAGCAGCAACUCCUUUGACGGAAAGCCUGGCUUUGUUUUCCAACCUCGCUUCGAUUCUCACAUGGAAUCCCCAAAAUUUCAGAACCAAGCAGCCUCCUUGAGCUCACCUGAGAGCAGCUACUUGACAAGUCAAAUGAGAAGGGUUUCCAGCACUGGAGAUUUACAAAAUUUCAAAACUGCUCGUAAUCCUCGAGAGAGCUCGGCCAUGGAGGAAGCUGGGAGCUUCAAGAUGGGGAAGUACAGUGCAGAGGAGAGAAAAGAGAGGAUUUCAAAGUACAGAGCUAAGAGAUCACAGAGAAACUUCAACAAGACUAUCAAGUAUGCAUGCCGAAAGACACUAGCAGACAACCGUCCACGCAUACGUGGAAGAUUUGCACGAAAUGAUGAAACUGGUGAUCUCACCAAACCUGCAUGUUCAACCAGAGAAGAGGACGAAGAUGAUCUCUGGAUUGAAGGGUUGAAUGUAGAUGAGGAAUUAGGGGAUAGGACAGUAAGAGGAGGACAGCAGUUUAUGAACAACAACUUUGCACCCCCGCAGUUCCAGUACUAUGGCUAUUAUCAUUGAGCAAUUACUAGAAAAGCUUUUCCAGAAAGGAUGAGCUUCCUUUUAGGAUAGUAUUAUUAGUUCCGGAGCACAACAUGACUAAGAAGCCUUUCUGGGUAAAGCAGAGAGAUUCAAAGGGUUUCCUUUUGUUUUCCUUUUAUGUUUAAUGAAAUAAGGCACCUACUGUUGAGAUUAAAGUUACAGUAGGGUAGUUCAGUAGUUGUAGCUGGUAGAAGUUAGUCACUAAUAGGGUUUCUCUUAACUAGUUCUGACCUCCUCUGUAUAUGUAGUCAAUAAUAAGAAAAUGUUAUAUUCAAA